AUGACGUCCGCCUCGUUGGCAGGCAUCUCAAUAUCGCCUAUGAUGCCAGACGAAGAGCUCGAUGGGACGAUAGCUCCCGUCGGCACACAACCCAUCGAUAUCACUCUGGCGUUUGUGUUCUCCGCGAUUUCAGUUAUUGGAGUACUUGGUAACCUGUUAGUCAUCACAGUCGUGCUGAAAGUUCGCGGGAUGAAAACACCUACAAAUUGUUAUCUGGUGUCGUUGGCGGCUAGUGACACACUAUUCUUUUUCGCUUCAAUGCCACAUGAAAUGAUGUAUUUAUUGGGUCCAAACGAUCACUAUUUAUUUGGGAAAGUUGGAUGUGUUCUCCUCACCUACCUGCCUUAUCUUGCAAUGAACACUUCCUCCCUCUCAAUUCUUGCUUUUACAAUUGAACGAUACUAUGGAAUUUGUAAUCCAUAUAAAGCCAGAACCAUGUGCACAGUAAAACGCGCUACGUGCAUCAUCUGUGGUAUCUGGGUCUUCUCAAUGCUUUAUCACUCUUAUUGGCUAUUCUUGGCCACGUUGAUUCAAGAUGAUAUUGGGACUUCGUGUAGUUUUAGAUUGGAGAGAAAUAGUCAUGCUUAUAAAAUCGUAUUCCUCCUCGACUUCGUCUUGUGGUACGUCCUUCCGAUCCUGUGCGACAUCAUCAUCUACGCUAAAAUCGGUAUCACUUUGAGUCAAUGUGGCGAUAAGAUUAAGAAAUCGGUGAAGCCGAAAAAAAUUUCAGUUUCGAAUGAUAUGAGUAUCAUCGAAAAGUCGAAGACGUCGUCGACUUCAAUGGGACAUUAUUCCGGAAGGGAUUCUCAUAUUUCGGGAAAACGGAACUCGACGAGAGGAAAGAACCAGGUCGUAAAAAUGCUCGCCAUCGUCGUAGCUGUCUUCGCCAUUUGCUGGCUCCCAUAUCGUGGAAUGGUUGUCUAUAACUCAUUUGUGUCUGAUCCGAAAUACUCAUGGAGUCCUGAUUGGUAUAUCAAUCUAUCGAAGACACUUGUAUUCAUCAAUUGUGCCAUUAAUCCGAUAUUAUAUAAUUUGAUGUCUGCCAGAUUUCGCGCCGCAUUCAAAUCAUUGUUAUCGAAGAGAAAGAAUUCCGGAUUUAAAACCACCGCUCUCAACCACCGCCACCGUCUAAACACAAUGGAUGUGAUGUCCUCAGCCGAGCCGAAAUCUCCACUGAUAACUUCAAUGGCGGGUACUCCAUAA